GCACGCCGAACCGUUUGCACUCAGAAGCGAUCACUGAGCAACAAAGAGAGAGAACGAGUAUAUUCCCCUCUCCGCAGUCUCCGCCACUAUUUCCUCCAACACCCCCUCCACUAUCGUCGCCACCAACACCACAUUGCUCGCCGUCUCGCUUACGCACCCGGCACUCCCUCUCUUGCUCCCUCCAGCGCGUGCUUGCGCUCUAACUCCCCGCUCUCCACCAAACUAUCGCUGCCGUCGUGUCACGAUUCGUGAGCUCUUCUCUCUCGUAUCGUAACGCUGCUCACUGCUGCUCCCGUGCUACCUACACUCCCUGCGUGUCACCUGAUCGCGGGACGCUUUUCGCGGGUGAGAUACCGCUUGACCGGCCAGACAAUUGUUCUCCUUCUUUUUCUCUCGUUUGGACAUAACUUUUUGUUUUCCAACGAUUCUCAUACACAUUCAGACUUUCUGAGAAUUGCAGCGCAGUGAUAACAACAGUUUUCCAAGUGUGACAGUACGUGACAAGUGACGAAAGUACUUUGAAAGUGAACCUUUGUGACUGUUGAAUACAAAAAUUAUUUAGUCACAUUUAUUAUGUUGCUUCAUUUUCAUUAACUCGAUUAUUUGGGUGCGGUGGAUUAGGAUAUAGAUUGCGAUAAGCUAAUCAUAAAUCUUCAAUAAUAAUACUUCACAGGUCAAGAGUCUCGUUCCUUCUUAUCCUGGGACACAUCCGGGAUCUAGAUCGUGGGUUUUUUUUCAAGUGAGAUGUCGUUAAAUCGAGUGAGAAUGCCACAAAAAAGAGGAAAGUAACAAAGUGGACGGUGUGAACACAAGGAUCAUCGAUACGAUCAUCGAUUUGUGUAGCUUUCCAACGAGAAAUCGCUGGGAUUAAAAGUAAACGAGUAAGAACAAUGGCAAGUGCAACUAUGGGUUUACGUCGUCGUGUACCAGUCAACAAUUCCCCGUCGCCUGCAUCCCACCAAUCUACUACGUCAGCGAGCAAGCGCUCGAGGUCAGAGAAUAACAACAAUCCGUCCCACGGUAAUCUCAACUCAUUGAGCGGACGAGACGAGCCAGUUACCAAGAAGUCUCGAGGGACUUCCGGAUUGUCAGGGAGAGCUAAUGCCUCGGGAUCUACAAGUAAUGUGGAUGGGAAUCACGGAUCAAAACGGACAUCUGGGUCUAAAUCAAGAGCUAAAAGUCCUCAGACUUCAUCGUCAGUUACAUCAGUGGUUUCUACCAAUGCUUCUAUGGCUAGACAUGAAGCUGAUUUGAGUGGGGGAUUUAAUGUACUGACUUCCUCACCAUGGCCUGUACCUACAACUCUCUCAGCUAUGUCAGGCUUGAGUGUUCCUGGUGGCCAAUCAAGUCUGUGUGGUGCAAACCUAACAAUGCCACCGACUAUUCCCUACAUGGCGACCUCCAUGGCGACCUUCGUCGGUAAUGCAACAAAUCUCAGCAAGAACUCGUCAGUCUCAUACCUUGACAUAUCCAACAUGACUAGCGGUUCUCUUGGCAACUCUUCAGCAAGUGGAAUCAACGGUUACGGUUCUUCUGCCUGCAGUAAACCAUCUGCAGUUCCGGAAGCCAAGUCUACAGUCCCUCUGGCGUUUUCCGGUGUAGUACCAAGUCCAGGAAUGUCUUAUAACACGAGUAAACUUGCUGCUCAACCAAGUGACAAUGUCAAUGUUCCCAAGUUCCAGAACGAUGGAAUGUUUAACGCGUAUCAGCCAUGGGUUAUUAAGACUUAUGGGGAUCUCGCUAAAACCAAGACAAUUACAAUUAAAAAGUAUGCCAGAAUAUUACGCACUUUACGUGGUGAAGAGGUAAACAGCGCGGAGAAUAGUAAAUUCCGGUUUUGGGUCAAGAGUAAGGGUUUCCACAUUGGUCAGCCGGAAGGUUAUGAUGCCAAGCCAGCAGACAGGAUAAUCGGCCGUCAUGCUGUCACAAGUCCAGGCUUGGACCCACCUCUCUACGUGCCCACGCAGUUGCCACACAAUAAGGCUCUAAAUGGUGCAGAAGGUACAGUGCCUGGAAAGGUCUUCAAGAAAGUAGCCAUAGUGGAGAACUUUUUUGACAUCAUUCAUGCCGUCCACGUUGAUCUAGAAGGUCGUCCUGGGAAGCAUGCGGGUCAGAAGCGCACCUACAGAACUAUAACGGAGACUUAUGCCUUUUUACCUCGAGAGGCAGUGACAAGAUUUCUCCUAGGUUGCACAGAAUGUCAACGUCGUCCUCGAACUCCAAGCCCAAGUAAUCUUCCUAAUCAAUCGCAAGCUGCAGCGGUGACGUCAACGUCAGUAGUGGGUACUACAACAGGAACUGUGACAAGAACUCCUCGGAGCCCCACACCAGCUACUGCUCUUUCAGCAUCUCCAACACAAAGCAUCCUGCGACCAAGAGAAGCUAGUAAUCCACCCGAGAGUAAAAGUUUAUUCAGCUACAGGCAUCCAAAGCAUCAUAGAAGUGCUGUGGUUUCUAGUGAAAAGGUGGACAAAGACAAGGAAGUAGAGAAAGAAAAGGAGAAGAAGAAAGAUAAGGAAAAGGAGAAAGACAAAGAAGAAAAAUACAAUCCUCUGAGUAUUAGUAAUUUGUUGAAGAAAGAACCUUCAAAUAGUUUCACAUCAACAUCAGAGAACUUGGUAGAGUCGCGAAGCACACCAGAGUCUGAUCGAGCAAGCUCGAGGAGUUCAGCAUCCUCCAAGAGGAAAAGAAUGCUUCCAGAAGGUAGAACACCAUCACCCACCCUCUUGUUACCACUUCCUAGACCAUGGAGUCCUGGUCUAGAUCCUAAAGACACUCCAGUAGACUACAGUCUUCCCAUUACAACAACGUACCUGAAGCAUCAGCAGAAAAUCCUCGCUGAGAAGAACAAAGCAGCUGCAGCCGCAGCUCUAGAGGAAGCACAAAGAAAAUCACCAGUUCGCGAGACGCAAAAUGAAGAUAAAGAUCGUUUCUCUCCUGCUGCAGGACUGAUCGAUACCAACCUCAAUUUACUUGCUACUAUCCAACACUUACACUGUCAGGUCAUGAUGGCUUUGACUGAGAGACUUAGACCCUCAGGUCUUCCUACGUCUUUAAUGUUACCACCAAGUACUCCAGUCAUGCCCACUGGAUUUAUCGCUCCAGAUAUGACCUUUUCUCCCGCCUUUACACAUCACCAAUCCUGAUGCAAUCGGCAGAAUUCUUUUACUUAUUAUUCCUCAUAAAUAUUUAUAAUUCACUAGUCUCAGAAAUUUUCAUUACUUUUUAGUUUACUUACAGCAUUGAGCAAUGUUACAUAAAUUUCUAAAUCUAUUAAAAUAAAAAUAUUUUUCUCUUAUAUUUUUUAAAUACAAAAUCAACAUCUAGAAUUAGAUGAAUUAACGAGGAUUAACUUGGUGGAGUUGGCCUAUAGACUUAAUGAUUGAUAAAUGUAUAAUUUUUUAAUAAAAAUAAAUAAAAUAAAAAAAAAAAUUGUAAAUUAAAUUUUCUUGGCGUAAAAGUGAUUUAAUAGUUAAGUUAAAAGCCCAUGACACAAAAAGAAUUACGGGUAACUUUAAUAGCUUUGUAGAACGAAGUUUAAAUUUUUCAAAGGUGGUAUCAUCUUGGUGUUUUUUGUGUGUGAUAUUUCACCAAAGUCAUCCACACGUAGAAAAUGUAAGACGUGUUACACUGCAUAGUAAAGUACUACUUGCUGUAAAGGGCCAACUUCAUGUGUAACUUAGUUUAUUUUUAUUUUUGUCUUCUCCAACAUUAAGUCUUACUUCUUCAUGUAUUAUUGAUUAAGAACAGCUUCUUGUACAGUAGAAAAUAGUCGCUAUGUGAUGAUGAAUUAAAGUAGUACAAUAGUUAUUUAGGCCUUAAGAUGCUUCUAAUGUACUAAAAAAAAAUGUUUAUAUCUAAGAGAAGUCUAAUAAUUGUCGUAAAAUAUUGAUACAGAUUCAUGCAAUAUUGAAUAAAAGUAAUUAUUAAUGAAUAUAAAAAAGAAACUGCACAAAAUGAAGAUUCAU